AUGAUUGAAGCACCAGUUGACCUAAACCCAAUGAUCAAAAUUAUAAUUGUCUGUGAUCCUGAGAUAUCCGGCCUGCAGAACUGUAACCUGCUGGAAAGACUCUACCUGUAUGACAAUCAGAUACAAGAAAUAAAGAAUUUAGAGCUGCAAGUCAACGUGACGAAUCUGUGGCUCAAUAAUAACUGCAUCACGAAGAUUCAGGGCCUGAAUUUGAUGAAGAAUCUGAGGGAACUAAACCUUUCUGAUAACUUCAUUGAAAAGAUCGGCCACGACCUUGAUCCCAAUGUCAACCUUGAGAUUCUCAAUCUGUCCGGGAACAAGAUCAGCUCCUUUAAGGAACUGACCCACCUGGCCCGUUUGCCCCGUUUGAAAGAGCUAGCUCUGAACGACCCCACUUCGGCUUCGAACCCUGUGUGUCAGCUGUGCAACUACGGUAUACACAUCCUUUAUCACAUGCCCGGCCUGGAGCGACUAGACAACUGGGAUGUCUCCUGCAAACAAAUCAAGGAUACUGCUGAGUCUGCAGUUAUGAAGAAACUGAUGUAUUACAACAUGCGUGUUCGCCUUGCUCAAAGGAACCUGAGAGAGACCCAGGUUGCUCUUCAGGAAAGGAAGAAAUGUUUGAUGAAGCUGCCUGAGGAAUGCAUCCGGACUCUCAGUCACACCCUCAAAAGUCUUGAACAUGAACUCUCCAUGAUGACACAAAGUCCAGGGACUGCUAGCAGUAAGAUGGAGACUGAAUUGGAAGGACGAAAAGUGAACGAAGACGCUCUCACUAAACGAGCAAAGCUGGACGUUAACAGCGUGGAGCGCAAAAUACUGCUGAAGAUAGAAGCACUGAGGGAAAGACUGCAACGAUGGACCAGGAAGAUGGAUGAGGUUCAGGCCUGGUAUGAGGAGGAAAUGAUCCAAGCCACAAAGCAGACAAAAUAUUUGGUUCAGUUUUUGUUGGUGGAGCUGGAAAGUGUUGGAAAUGUUCGUGUGGAGGAGGGCUGCCCCUUAGACUCAUGGUACGCUCCCUGUCGCAACCUGCUGCUCUCCCGCUUCUCUCCAUCCGAUUACACGAGCUUUAGGAUCGCAGACAUAAAGAUUAACAGGGUUUUCCGCAUCCACAAUAGCGCUUUGAGGCUUCGCUUUGAAGACAAACUUCACAGCCUUCUUUCCACAGAAGAAUCCGUUGUCGCCUUACAGAACUACAGACGUCGACUGGAAUAUUUAUUCUACAUUGCUGACCCUGAAAUAAGUGAGACUGAGGAAACUUUGUUUAUUUUAGAGGAGGGUUUCAAAACCACAAACCAAGUGAAGGGUUUGGGAAGAAAGGCUGCUGUCCCUUUAUCCAACAGUUUAGCUGUCUCUGAACAACCCAGAAUCCAGUUUUUGCUGCAGCAGCCCAACCAAUGUGACUCCAAGCAAAUGUUAGAUAAAAUCCCUUUCAGGCACGGCCAUGUUAUUGUCUGUAAGGUGUUUGUGGGUAACAGCCUGCCUGUUCCUGGUGACCUGGGAAAUGGCUUUCCCAAUGUCUACUCUGUGUACCAAUACUUGGACCCCAGGGGCAGCUCUGCAGGAAGUGAUGAGAGACCCAAGUCAGCGAGAAUGCCUCGGAGCGCUGAGGGUGGGCUCCACCACCGGAGGCAGUGGUUUGUAUUUGACCAUGAGCUCAUCCUGCCAGAGUACAUCAUACACUUUGAAUAUAUCACUACGAACAGAGAAGACCUGAGCCGCUGUGGACAGAGGGAUGUUUCUCUUUCUGAAGACGCCACUGCGGACGUCGCCGCCCUCAGCAUGGAUCCCACUCUGAAGCCGCAGCCAAAACUGUUGAGCCUUGAUGAGAGAACCCUGCUGAGUGUGGCCAGAGCGAACACCCUCAGUCAGAUCACUGUCCUCAACCUUCAUGGUAACAGUCUGAGUAAAAUCAAAGAGAUUUCCAGCCUCUCAGCUCUGAGACAUCUCACCAUCAGCUUCAAUAAGUUCACACGCCUUGAUGACAUCUCUCACAUGCCCAACCUGGAGGUUUUGGACGCUAGCUUUAAUGAGCUGGUGACUCUGGAGGGGCUGCAGAGUUUAGGGCAGCUCCAAGAGCUCAACGUCAGCUGGAAUAAGUUGACCAAAGUCCGAGAAGACACGGCCGUGUUGCGGAAACACACUCCUGCUUUACAGAAACUGGACACCAGAUAUAAUCCAUGGAUCAAGCCAGAGGCGGUCAAAAUGACUAUACUGGUCCGUAUUGCAACCCUCACACACCUCGAUGGAGCGAUGGUAACAGAAGAAGAGGCAGAGGAAGCUCGUCACAUGGCUGCUGACGUCAAAAUCAGCCAGGCGGCCCUUCUGGCCCAGUCCCGUACUGACAGCGAACGUCCUCGAAGCCUCAGCCUGCUGUCCACUGCUCAGCUCAUUUCCAGUUUGGGUCCGGCUCCCUGGGGUCCCGGCAGAGAACUGGAGUCCGACUGGAUGGCAAAGAUCACAACCUUGAACUUUGACAACCAGAGACUUUUCAAACUGUUCAAUCUGAGUAAGCUGGUGAACCUGCGGUGGGCCUCUUUCAACGACAAUAACAUCUCCAAACUCAGCGGCUUGGACACCUGCCUCAAGUUAGAGGAGCUCUCCAUAAAAAACAACUGCAUCAGCUCGCUCAACGGUUUAGCAAAACUUCCAUGCCUGAGGAAGCUGAGCAUGGAUGGGAACAAUCUUAAAAGUCUGGACUGCCCAGUUCUGAACCAGCUGCCCUCUCUGACUCAUUUCUCUGUUGAAAAUAACUGCAUCACUUCAACGAGUGGCAUCAGGAGCGUUCGCUCUCUCCUGGAGCUCUACGCAGGAGGCAACCAGAUUUCCACAUCGAGAGACAUCUACUUUCUUAAAGCACUGGAAAAUCUAAUCAUCCUGGAUCUUUAUGGGAAUCCCAUAGUGGAGAUACUGGAAAACUAUCGAAUAUACGUUGUUUUCCAUUUACCGUUCCUUAAAGCUCUGGAUGGAACAGCAGUGGAUUCAGGUGAGUGUGACAGUGCAAAGAUGAUGUUCAAGGGAAGACUGACCGCUGACUCUGUAGUGGAGAAGCUUGGCCACUCAAACUACAAAGAAAUCACCCAUCUGAGCCUGCAGUCCUGCUCCAUCAGGAUGGUUGAUCUGUGUCCAGACUUAUUUACUAACCUGUGCAAGAUCAACUUGGAGCAGAACAACCUCACAUCCUUUUCAGGCCUCAUCCACCUGCCCAAGAUCAAAAUUCUGUAUCUAAACCACAACCACAUCAAGUCCAUUCUGCCGAGGCAGAAGACUCUAUGUCUUCGGUCAAACAAACAGAUUCUGCACAGCAAAGUCAACUCCAGUGGGUACGGCCAGCAGAGCUCAUCCAGAUCUAACAGGCUUCCUGGGCCCGGCGUCGGCCUGGAACCACUGAUGGGGAGCCUGGAGGUGCUCCAUUUGAGUCACAAUGGCAUCUCCAAUAUGGCCAAUCUGGAGCUCAGCAGGCUCACCAAUCUUAAAGCGCUCUUCCUCCAAGAUAAUGAAAUCAGGCAGGUGGAGGGUUUGGAGCGACUCUACAAGCUCAAGGAACUCGUGUUGGACAGAAACCGGAUUAAAUCGCUUUCCAAGGACUCGUUCAUGAGCCACAACUCUCUGCAGGAGCUGCACCUCGCCGACAACCGCAUCCGGGAGCUGAGCCACUUCAGUACGCUGACGAAGCUGCACAAACUCUUCCUCAACAUGAACAAGCUGCAGGACAUCACAGAACUCCACAAAUUAGAGGUUCUUCCCUGCCUGACCGAACUCUCUGUAUCUGGAAAUCCUGUUGCCAGAAACUCUCAGCAUAGAUUGGAUGUUGUUCUGCAUCUGACGGAGCUGGAGGUGCUGGAUGGAAUCGCCGUCACUGCGGAGGAACGGAAGAAAGCCGAACUCCUGUAUGAAGAUCAAUAUCAAAGCGCUCAGCAUCCUGGAGCUCAUCUCCCCUCCGCUGACGGUUCUCCACCUGGACAGGCCCCUGUGCUGCUGCACUGCACCACUCUGAGGGGGACGGGUAUAAGCAGCGGACAGUACAGCAUCGGCCGCUGCACCCCGCCAACCAGCGCAGACGACAAUCAGCACACAAGCCGCAUGAAGAGUCAAAGGCAAAAAACGCCAAGUGCGGGUCGGCGCAGCAAACCUGACUCCAACCUGAAACACAGCAAGAGAACGAAGAGCAACGCUCCGACCGCAGAACCGCAUUCUGACGGCAGCUGCUCCGGUCGCAAGCAGGACCAGAACCACAGUUACAACAGCUUCAGUCGUUAUGGGAAGGCUUUCCACAAGGUUUAAAUAUACAUUCGUAAGGUAAAACGACUUUCUUCAGUCAGAGGCUUCUUCAAUUUCGCUGCAGGCCUGACUGCUACUGGAGAUCCUUCCUACAGCAUCACCAUCACAACUGCAAUUUCAAGAAACAUUUAUGAAGAGAUAAAAAAAUAUAUAAAAAUAUGUUGUUGUUUGUUUUCA